AUGAACUUAACCCUAACUCAUAUACUAACCAAGAUCGAAGUUCUGCUCCAAGAUAUAAGUCCUGCUUUUGCCCUGGCUUUUGGUUUCCUAAAAAAUCCGAUGCUCCAGCCCAACUUCACUUUCUGGGUGGAUUGUAUUGUCUUCGCUGACAGGCAGAUGGGCAGGGACGAGUUUGAGAAGAAAAUAGCAGACGAUUUCAUCAACCAGGACAUGGUGGUUGAACUUAACCAGACGAGCCAGAUGGUCCUGACGACACAAGUUCUGGCAGAAGAACACGGUGACGAUUCUUUCUGCGACCUAUUCCAAUGGGAGUCCAGCCAAUACUACGUGGUGUCUUUGAGCUUGAACGGGACCGACGUUACCUUCUCCGAAAAUUCUGAACUAAAAAUGAUUCACGUUGAAAGUGACGGGAAGUUAAUUGUUUGCAAGGAAUUGUUGAAUAAAAAAAUGUAUGCUUUUGAGAUGAUAAACCUGAACCACGUGACUCCGGUACAAGAUGACCUGACAAAGAUAGCCCUCUAUCUAUGCACCCUGUGCUCGUUUGGCGCCUCCAUACUUUUCCUGAUCCUGACCUUGGUGUCGUACCUGAGGUUCUCCUUCUUGCGGACAGUGGCCGGCAGCAGUAACAUGUUCCUGUGUGUCAGCCUGAUGUUGGCCCAAACACUGCUCUUGGCCAGCUCUCACGUAAAUGCCCCAAGCCCUGUGUGUACAGCUCUGGGCAUCCUGACCCACUUCACAUGGCUGUGGAUGUUCAUGUGGAACUUGAUGUGCAGCUACCACAUGUUCAGGGUCUUCACGGCCAAAACUCGACCGGUUGCCUUGUCCAAUCGGGCGGAGGUUGUCCUGCUGCUCAGAAGAUGCGCCCUGUCCUUGCUGGUGCCACUGGUCAUCGUGCUGACCGUCGUCUGCUCAAGCAUUGUUGUAACGUCAGGGGCCAGCAUCGGGUACGGACAGGGAAAGUGUUAUCUCGACUCGACACUGCUGGUUGGCGUGUCUUUAAUUGGUCCACUUCUGCUGAUUCUUGUCUGCAACAUCAGUUUUUUCGCGGUAACGGUGUACACGAUCAACAACAUCCGGAACUUGCAGAUGUCCGACAGCGUCAAGAAUGACAACAAACGGAACAUGUACGUCUACGUCCGACUCUCUACCAUCACCGGAGUCUUUUGGUUUGUGGCUAUUUUUGCUGAGGCGUUUGACCUUGAUCCUUUAAGAUUUAUUGCUGUGUUUCUCAACGGCUUUGAGGGCGUCUUCAUCUUUCUGUCGUAUGUCUGCAACAAACGAGUUCUAGGCCUGCAUCGUCAAGGUACCAAAUUCAAAUUACAGAGAGGUUCCCAGCGUAACGACAACCCUUCGGUCGCAGAAGAAAACGGUCAACAGGAAGCUAAUGAGUAG